UUGCUUUUGUCGGAAACAAAAUGUCAGCCCUCUGUUGCGAUUUGAGCUGAUCUCAGAGCAGUUUACUAACCUGUCUGAUGUGAUGUUCUCUCAACACCCCUUCUGCUGAGUCGAAACCACUUUGGUCGCUUGCAUUUUAUGUUUUUGCCUGUUAUCAUGACCAUCACAAACGGUGCUUGUUAACCGCCACCCCUGGCCGCACUUUGACGCCAGAAAUCUUCCGAGGAGCACAAGAAUGGAAGAGAAAGCCUUGGAAGUUUACGAUGUGAUCCGAACAAUCCGAGACCCGGAGAAGCCCAACACGUUGGAGGAGCUGGACGUGGUGACAGAGAAAUGUGUGGAGGUCCAGGAGCUGAGCCACGAUGAGUACCUUAUCAUCAUCAAGUUCUCCCCGACCGUUCCACACUGCUCCCUGGCUACCCUCAUUGGUUUGUGUUUACAAGUCAAGCUGGAGAGGUGUCUGCCCUUCAAACACAAACUGGAGAUUUACAUCAGUGAAGGAACACACUCCACUGAAGAGGACAUCAACAAGCAGAUCAACGACAAGGAACGAGUGGCAGCAGCCAUGGAGAAUCCAAACCUCAGGGACAUCGUGGAACAGUGCGUCAUCGAACCUGAUGACUGACACGUUCUCGCGGUGUGUGUGUGUGUGUGUGUGUGUGUGUGAAGUUGUGAGUACAGAAGUUGCCUGUACAGUGUGUGUGUGUGGUCAGGGGAGGCGCAGCCUCACCAUCAUGUGAAGAGGAUAUAAAAUUGUUUUUCAAUUAAAUUCUCUGAUAUGUACUUUAUUUUGAUUUUUGAAUAAUAAUUUCAUAAUUGAAGCUGCUGAA